AUGGAGCGAAUUUUCUUGUUGUUAAUUCUAUUAACAUCCGUGAAGGCAAGUAAAUAUUUUUAGUAUUUUUACAAUUGUUCUGUUUUUUUGUCAUACUGUAUCUCCCCAUAUUUCAGGCCACUUUUUCCUGGCCAAUCCCCGACGAAUCCCCUCUGGGGAACGAUACAAUUGGGACUUAUAUUUGGGCCAGAGUCGAUAAUUUUGAUAACGAAAAUAAUCAAACUUAUAAGCAGGUAAAGCACUCAUUUUCAAAGCGACCCUUUUAGUACUACAAAACACUGUUCGAGGGCAACUCCGAGCUCCGUAUUUUAUAUGUUGGAGGGGAGAGUGAAAAUGAAGUAAAACCCCCCUCAGAAUUGCUGCUGGCGGCCGACUCAAAAUAUAAAAAAUUGUUGGAGGAACUUCAUGGAGAAUUCGACGCUACAGUCUACUCCCUUGAACACCGGUAUUACGAUCACAGCUACCCUGUUCAGUAAGUUAUUGGAUUUUUUUUGAAGUCAUAUUGAAUUUUUCCCGUUAUUUUUGAAACUCUUGGAAAAAGUUUCUCUAAAUCUUCAAGGAAAAAAUUUCUGGGGCUUUAAAACUGUUUGUUAUACAGUUUUCUUACGCAGGGUUUCACUGCGAUUUUUCCAGCUUCCCAGAGAAAGCUGAAGAUUUCAAAUACUUGACGAGUCAACAAGCCCUAGCCGACGUUGCUAAUUUUAUCAACGUCCAGAACAGUUUGAAUGAAGGGAAAUGGAUUACAAUUGGUGGAUCUUAUCCGGGUAAAUUCUAAAAGUAUAUGAAAAAUUAAAUUAAAAAAAAAACUAAAAACACAGUUUUAUAGAGGAGAAAAAGCUUUAUUAUAUAUUCCCUUUGCCAAACAGCAAACAAUCCUUGUAUUAUGAAACAAACCAAUGAAAAAAACGAACAAACUCUCUGGACGACCCAAUAAAUUGCAAUUUUUUGGAAAGCGAUUGAUAUUUUUUGAUGAUUGCAGGAAUGUUAUCGCUGUGGUUCCGCCAAUUGUAUCCUAAGCUAACCGUGGGAGCAAUCGGAUCGUCAUCGCCAGUCAACGCAGUCGUCAACUUUACCAGUAAGUCCUAUGGGUUUUUUCACAAGCAAAAAUUGAGAAAUAUAACAAUAUUUUUACAGGCUUCUUCUUGGUUUCACAAAAUGGCUACAAAAGAAGACACCCGGAAUGCCAUGAAAAGUUGAAGCUGGCUUUCGAUGAAUUCAGGGGGAUUUUGGAGAAGAAAACCGAUCUCUCAAUAUUGGAUCAGCUUUACCCCAACUUAACAAGCGUUUUCGACUACAACACCGCAUACGGCCUUAACAAUAUUGCCUAUCAGGUGGUCUCCGAUGCUUAUACUCAAAUUCAAACCAAUAUUGAUGGAAUUGUAAGCGAUUUGAAUGUGAUAUCUUCAAGUCAUCUAAUGUUUUCAGUGCUCCACAUACAACGUCUCCACUGAAGAACCACUUGUUGAAUUGGCCGCGAAUUUUAAACAGACCGCGGACCAUAUCCAAGACAAGCAUUGGGGGUCGUGGCUGUGGCAGGUUUGCAACGAAUUCGGGUUCUUUUAUUCGCCAAGCCAUGAGGAAUUCCAGGCCAAGGGCACCUAUGACAUCAAGGAGGUCUUCCAAAAGUGAGUGAUGAUUUUGCACAAAAAAAUAUUUUUUGUGUCCUUCCUUUACAGUGAGGGACCUGAUCCAAUGGCAAAAAACGUCUCACUUUGCAUCCCGGAAGGGACCAAACUGACUCCAAAUCCUUCCCUUCUCUAAGCUAAAAAACUCCGCUUUGAAAAGCGCGCCCUUUCCUUCAAUAAGAGAGCGCUAGCUCCCAUUCCUUCCAACAAUAUUCGCAAUCAAAAAGCGCGCGCCUUUUGCGCUUCUCUCUUUCUUUUGGCCUUCUGUAUUUGCCGAAUUUUUUUGUUCUUUUCCCAGAGAAGGAGAAUGCCAGAAAAGAAAAAAGCGCGCGCUUUUUGAUUGCGAAUAUUGUUGGAAGGAAUGGGAGCUAGCGCUCUCUUAUUGAAGGAAAGGGCGCGCUUUUCAAAGCGGAGUUUUUUAGCUUACAAGGGAAUGGACUUUAUGUGUAAAUCGAUUUUGGCUUGGGACCUAGUCAGAUCGAAAGGUGUGUGGGAGUCGGUUAUUCACUUGGGGGGAAAUCUCUGCGCGGGGCUUCAAAGCCGAGAAAAUCGGCUUCAAAGUUUGGACGAAAGUCAAAGGAUAAGGAUCCCGGAAAAGGAGCGAUAAAAAGUGUGAAGCAGUGGCCGAGUGGUCAGUGCGCUCGCUUUUUGCGCAAAAGGUCGCAAGUUCGAAUCUGCUUCCAUUCAUAACUUUUUUAGACAAAAACUUCUAUUAAUUUUUUUCCCCUGAACUCGAUUAUCGAUACAAGAAGUAUAUUUUAAACGGAACUUUUCCAUUUUCAACGGCUUCGCAGCUUCCCUUUACAGUUUUAGAGCGCAGGGCACACCAUCAACCUGAUGUAUUCAAAAACAACUUUCCAUUAUGUUAACUUUUUUAUCUAUACCCCUUUUUUAAAUGUACAGCCGGAUUAGCACGAAGAAAGCAAAAGUAAAAACGAUAAAUGAUGACUUGGGCUUGGAAAGAUUCGAACCUGCAACCUUUUGCGCAAAAAGCGAGCGCACUGACCACUCGGCCACUGCUUCACACUUUUUAUCGCUCCUUUUCCGGGAUCCUUAUCCUUUGACUUUCGUCCAAACUUUGAAGCCGAUUUUCUCGGCUUUGAAGCCCCGCGCAGAGAUUUCCCCCCAAGUGAAUAACCGACUCCCACACACCUUUCGAUCUGACUAGGUCCCAAGCCAAAAUCGAUUUACACAUAAAGUCCAUUCCCUUGUUAGAGAAGGGAAGGAUUUGGAGUCAGUUUGGUCCCUUCCGGGAUGCAAAGUGAGACGUUUUUUGUCAUUGGAUCCGGUCCCUCACUGUAUUUGUCAUUUUUUUAGAGAAUGUGAACUUCGAUUUGGCAAGGAUUACACGUACGAACAGAUUGAAGAAAAUGUCAAGAAAUCGCUCGAAUACUAUGGAGGAGACAAGCCUUACAAGGGAUCCAAUGCCAUCAUCUCAAACUCCGACCUCGACCCAUGGAGUGGCCAGGGAGUCGAGAAAGCGGAGAGCGACACUGUUAAGAUCUUCAUCAUCCGAAAUGCCACCCAUUGCGAUGAUCUGAGAGCCGGAAACAACGCGGAUGUCUUGGAAGCGAGGCCACUUUACAUUGCGGAGAUUCGGAAAUGGCUCAAAGGCUCAAGUCACAGGCAAAGUAUCAGCGUUUUCACUAUUAUAUUGACGUGCAUUACGCUUGUCGCUAAAUUAUUUUAA